GUUGACCAGUUCAGUGCAACUUUUUUUUACAAUCUCAAUGCUUCUUUACUUAUCAGAAGUUUCAAUCUUGGCGGUGGCGCUAUGGUUGACGCUGGAACUUUCCAUCGCCACCGGUCAAGCCCAAUACCGACUAACCCAAUUCCGUCCGGGUCGACCGAUGAAACUGCCGCAGCUCAAAAGUGGUCCCGAGUGCCCUACGCCGUACUUUCCCAAUGGAGUGGCCAAACCACGUCAGCGGAACAAAAUGAUUCGGUUCACGUGUGCAAGUGGAUUCCAAUUGGUCGGAAAUACGUACUCCAUGUGCGAGAAGGGCCGUUGGGAUACUUCCAUACCUAUCUGUAUAAGAUCGGGAUGUCCGGAAUUUACGGCGGUGGAUAAGGGACAGAUUUCCUACGAACAUGGACAAGCAGCAGCGAUGUUAUUCUGUAGCAGUGGUUACCAGGUAGCCGGUCCAUCGAAGGCCUACUGCAAUGGAACUCACUGGGAUCGUCCGUUGGGAAACUGUCGCGAGACCGGAAUAGGCGUGGUAACCAGCUGUGACUUUGAAGCACCGGACUUCUGUGGGUGGAUGAAUGAGGCCACGCAUGAUUUCGAUUGGAAGCGCAGCGAUGGAAUUGUAUCUCCGAAAGCCUUGAAGACGGGUCCGAAGUUUGAUCACACUAACGGGAUUUCGUUGGCUGGACACUUUAUGAUGGUUGAUUCCGUGGAACAAUUUACGAACGAGACGGCGCGUUUGCUAUCACCGAUAUAUCCAGCUAAUUAUAGUACGAACGCAUGUUUUCUGUUUUAUUAUCAUAUGUUUGGAGAUGGUGUAGGGACGCUAUCCGUGUACGUAAGACCUGUAUCGCAGCAAUUGGAUAGCGUUAGUAACAAAGACGCCUCCUUUGCCCUAAGUGGUAACCAGCGUAACGUGUGGAACGAGGCUUACUUUGAUCUGAAGCAAUACUCCGAGGGUUUUCAGAUAGUGAUAGAAGCAUCACUGGGAAUGAAAUCAAAAAGCGACAUAGCUAUUGACGAUGUUAGUCUGUUGAAUGGAGAUGACUGUCGUCUGAAACCUAGUAGUGAGGAUGUCGAAGUUUCAUCUGUCGUUCCCGACGAGCCCCCACCGGAAGUACUUAGUGACAUUUUCAAGCUUGGUUCAUGCGAAAAUCGAUGCGGUAAAAACGUUUCCUCAGUGAUUGCCAUUCCUGAUUCUAGUGUAAACUUUGUUCAGUGUGAUUGCUUUGAAGGUUGCGUAGAUAGCAAAACUUGCUGUCCAGACUACGCAGAGCUAUGCGUUUUUAACGAUCCCGAUAAUUCAGACGUUAUCAUUACAAGCACUACGAUCUCUACAACCACUUCAACUACGGCUAGGACGCGACCAACAACAACAUCAUCAUCAUCUACCACAACGGCUCGUGCAACCCAACCCACAAUAAAAUCAACAACUACACCUAGAACCACAUCUACCACCACUCAGCGAAGUACAACGACUUCUACGGUUAGAACUACCAUCUCGACUACCACUAAAGCUACAUCAACGACAAAGUUACCUACAACAACGACCACUAAAAUCUAUAAUCUCAGACCUAGAACUACUACCACCACUUCUACAGUAAGUCCACCGAUCAUCAUUCCAAUGGUUCGCACUCGUAAGCCCACCACAAAACAACCUUCUACAACUGCACCGCCAACUACAGAAGAAGUACAAAUGAAGUUGGUAGCUCGAUUCGGCGAUCUUCCUGGGGAUGAAUUCUCCCCGUCGAUGCUGGAAUUGGGUGAUACCAAACCGAAUUUGGCGCGUUUUUUCCUGUUCUCCGGAAUUGGAGUCGUUUUCUUCGGGUGCGUCAUUCUGUUGAUCGUGCUCCACAUCCGACGUAAUUCCGGGGCAAACAUGCUGAAUCGCUUGAAACAGAAAUCGAUGAAGAACCAUUUUGGAAUCAACGAAGGCUUCGAGGACGUACGCUUCCUGGCAGCCGAUGAGCAUCUGGACUUUAGUAUCCCGGACGAUGAUGCAGAGGAAGCCGUGGAGGAGAGCGACGUGAAUGGUGACGCAGGGGAGAAGGUUGAAAAGAAAGCCAACAAGAAAUCUGGCAAAAAGGGAAAGAAGUAGUGUUAGUGUAAGGAA